AUGGCAGGCUCACCAAAUUCCAACCUUGCAGCCUUCAACCUGGCCGUGCAAACCCUCCUCAAACAACCGGCUCAAUUCCUCCCACACCUAACCAUCCCGACCUUCACGCAUCUCCCUGAAGAACUCGGUCCACAUCUGAUCAACAAAGGCACAGAAAAGCCUCCACGAACACCGACAAUCCGCGCCCUAGUCUUAGAUAAAGAUAACACCCUCUGCGCGCCCAAAACCACAGCCCUCCGUCCGCAAAUUCUAGCAAAACUUCAAUCCCUCCGCACGUCCCCAACAUCCCCUUUUCACCAAAGCCGCAAUCCACACUCAAUCUUAAUCGUUUCGAACCGGGCAGGGAGCCACCCGUCCUUCGAGCAAGAGGUGCAUGAGCUCGAAUCGCAGCUCGCGCAUCUGCAGAUCCCCGUGUUCAGGCUUCCGGAGGGGACAGCGAAGAAGCCGUUUUGUGGCGAUGAGGUUGUGAAGUGGUUUAAGAAAAAAGAUGUUGUUCAGUCGCCGGAUGAGAUUGCUGUAGUGGGGGAUCGGUUGGGGACAGAUGUGCUAAUGGCUGGUUUGAUGGGGUCAUGGAGCGUUUGGACCAAGGAGGGCGCUUUUGAGGUCGGAGAGGAGGGCAAGCCUGAGAGGAACUUGUUGGAGAAGAUGGAGGUUUGGAUUGAGAGAUAUCUUCGGGAGAGGAAGGGAUUGAGGGCGCCGACGCCGAAAGGGUGGGAGUCGUAA